CUCACGCGCGUACUGUGUACUGACGUAGUACCAAUCAGCCUUGCCAACUCAAACCCUUCUCAGGCGUUGUUGUUGACACCACGUUGCCUGUCACGAGGCUUGUCAUUGUCGCACCAACAUGAUCCGCACCGGCAGGACCGAGGGUUGGCUCAAGCAACCAAUCGAGACGCUUCCAACAUGGGCAACCUUCCAUGGCGUUUCCUUCAAUGGCAUCAAGAUCGGUCCAUUGCCGGGUUUUGAAGACAGGGGUUCCACUGUCAUUGCGGACCGUGAACUGGAAGGGGGCAAAGUGGAGCCUCUGCUCGUCGUCCCUAAAGAGCUUAUUAUUUCACGGCAGAACAUCGAGCUGCUCGCCAAGUCUGAUCGUCACUUACGCGAGGUUCUCGAUGCUACAGCAGACUUUGGAAGAACGACCAGAGGUGCGGUGUUGAUUUUCCUUCUUGUGCAAGCCACCAUCUGCUGUCCACACAUCAAAGACGUAGGCCUUCUGAACCCUCUGACCGAAUACACGAAGUAUCUCCCUGACGAGCUUCUACCGACCUUCUGGUCAGAGGAAGAGCAGGAGCUACUUACAGGGACCACUCUACAGCCCGCAGUUCGUGCGAAGCUGAACAGCUUGCUGCGUGAAUUCGAACUCGUACGAACGGCUACUGAAAACAUUGAUUGGUGUGCCAAGUACUGGUGGCAUGAAGACAACGGCCUGGUCACCUUCGAUGACUGGAUGUGUGUGGAUGCAAUGUACCGUUCUAGAGCCCUAGAGUUCCCAGGUGUGGGUGAUUGCAUGUGUCCGUGUGUCGACAUGGCAAAUCAUGCUUCGGGCGACGCUACGGCUGCUCUCUACGAAACAGAUCAAGACGGAGAUGGCCUGCUCCUGCUGAGGGAGGGUAAAAGGAUAGGCAGAGAAGGAGAGAUAUCAAUCACUUACGGUGACGACAAAGGAGCGUGUGAGAACAUUUUCUCCUACGGCUUUCUGGAAGACUCUAUGACUUCGGCAAGGGUCAUGUUUCUGGACCUAGACAUACCAGACGACGAUCCUCUGCGCCCUGCUAAGAUGUUCAUAUCUACGGCUGCACCAGGCUUUCGCCUCUUCGAAAAGGCAGGAGACGUUGAAUGGGAGAGCGACUUCAUAUGGCUCGUAAUUGUGAACGAGGAGGACGGGCUCGACUUCAAAGUGAGACAGACCGUUGACGGCAAGCGUGAGAUCCAAGCUCUCUGGAAAGACGACGAGCUGCACGAUACUAGCAAAAUCCGGCAAUACUUGCAUGAGGAUCCUUUGUGGGAAGUGUACCAGCUGCGAGCAGCAGUACUGCUGCAAGGCCGUGUGGAAGAGCAAAUCGAAACCUUGAACAAGGUAGGGACUCCUCAGAGAGAGACAUCGAUACGGGAGACACCAUGGCGCCUUGCGGAGCGGUUGCGUGCUUUGGAACUGAACAUGCUUGAAAGAGCUAUGGAAGCCUUUGAACGCCAGAAGUCGAGACUCCUUGAGUCAUCAGCCGUUCAGCAGUACUUGGGAUUGGGCGUUGAAGAUGAAGAGGUGGACUUCACUUGAGUCCACAAGUAGCAUACAGUGUAAGGGGCUCUUUUGGCCUUAUUUCACGUUGUUAGAGAGCGACGAUUGAACCGUCGCCUACAAUCAAUAGCGCGAAUUGCUUUCUCACGAGCCUCUACAACGACCGACAUCUUAGAGGUGUUGUCAACUUAUCACAAGGACUGCCAGCUCUCGGUCGCUCCGUGCUAGCUUAUUAUUGCGACAAGCACUGACUUGCAACUCGAUUGGGAAAGCAUCAGUUGCACGCGAUAGACACACGACCGUGUACAACUCAAUACAGCUCAGUGAUUGCAAUUACACCCA